AUGUCGGGCCACAACCUACACAAUGCUCUCCUCCGACCUCCAAUAAUUCAAAUCUUACGCGCCCAAGGCUUUCAUUCAACGCGUCCUUCCGUCCUAGAAUCUAUCUCCGAUCUUACCGCGCGAUACAUGAUGAUCCUUGCCUCCGCCACCGCUCAGCACGCCGCAAAUGCUCAUCCCGAAGACCCCAUCCCGGAGCUGGAAGAUGUCUACCAAGCCCUCCAAGAUGCCGGCGCGAUUCGACCACAGUUGAGAGAGUGGGAAGAAGAGUGGACCAACGAAGAAGACAUGCGUGGCUUGGACUCUUUCCUCGGAUGGAUCACCGGUCCAGCGCACCGCGAGAUUCGUCGCAUUGCUGGAUUCGUCCCCAGUGAGGGCGACAUGGUGGAUCCCGAUGCGGUCGAGAAGGAGGAUUAUCUGACUGCGCUGAAGAAGAAGCACAGUAAGACUGGCGAAGAGUCUCGCUAUGCCGGUACUGUUCUUGGUAAGAGUGGAGAGGAACAUCCAGUCGUGAUUGAAGGUGGCGCACCUAGCAUUCGUGAAUGGGGUGUACAGGUCAGAAAUCGCGUCGUUGAUGGCGGUGACGGUGAUUCUUCCGGCGUUAGUAGCGCUCCCAGUCACCUCACCGAUGAUGACGAUGCGAUGGAAGGUUGA